AUGUCCAAGCCAGUAGUAUUAAGACUAGGAGCUGUUAAGUACGCGCAAGAGGCGUGGGAGAAGCUCGCGAAGAUCGCAGAUGUCGUUACAAUUGAGGACUCAACUACGAGACCGGAGUUCCUCAAAAUGUGCCAGGACCCUAACAGUGCGGUUUCGAAGGCGCAGAUCGUCUCCCGUACGUUUGCCAGUGUCCAGCAGACCGGCAGAUUUGACAAAGAACUGGCUCAGAAGCUGCCUUCGUCGGUGGUUGCGGUGUGUCAUAACGGUGCGGGCUACGAUCAGAUCGACACUUCGGAUUUCGCCGACAGAAAAAUUCAGGUCAGCAACGUUCCUGAGCUCGUGAACAACGCCACGGCCGACACUCACGUGUUCUUGAUGCUAGGUGCGCUCAGAAACUUCGAGUACGGGCGCCGCCUGAUGCUGGAGAACAAAUGGCCCUCCGGAGGUGCGGCUGCGGGCGCGCCCGUGGGCCACGAUCCUGAGGGCAAGGUCGUCGGUGUUUUGGGCUUGGGAGGCAUUGGCCGCGCAAUUGUCGAGAGACUGAAGCCUUUCGGGUUCAAGAAGUUUAUCUACCAUAACAGAAACAGACUCAGCCCAGAGCUCGAAAAUGGCUGUGAAUAUGUCUCCUUCGAGCAGCUGUUGGAGCAGUCCGACGUGGUUUCUAUCAACAUCCCUCUGAACGCCAAGACGCGGCACAUCAUCGACGAGGCCGCUAUCUCAAAGAUGAAAGACGGCGUAGUCAUUGUCAACACUGCCAGAGGUGCUGUCAUUGACGAAAAAGCGCUCAUCGCCGCUUUGAAGAACGGUAAGGUGAGAUCUGCUGGCUUGGAUGUUUACGAGCACGAGCCACAGGUUCCCCAGGAGCUCUUGGACCUGCCUAACGUCUGCGGAGUUCCUCACAUGGGCACACACUCUGUUGAGACCAUCAAGAUUAUGGAGGAGUUCGUGGUGGAGAACGUCAAGUCAGUAAUCAACUCGGGCAAGGUGUUGUCGAUAGUUCCGGAGAUGAAGAACGACGCAUGGGCCAAGGACCAAAAACCCCUAGUUUGA